CCGGGGGUAAACACAGUAUCACAAGGAUCGAGGAGGUCUCAAUGGAAAGACAUAUGUGGUUGGCGGUGGUCAAAUCUUCAAUUGCUGAUAAUUCUUCAAGUGCUACGUAGUGGGAGUGUGUUAUGUAUGUCAGCAUGUAGACAUGAAUUCCAACAAAGUUGCACAGACUGAGUUUGUAUGCAGCUUAUUUCCUUCACUGUUGUGUCCCCUACUGAAUGGUGAUUUACUUUGCGGCAGCGAAAAAAGAAAGUGUUUAAGCAUCUAUAGAUGGCUGAAAAAUCUUCCCAAAGUCUUGGUUGUAGUGGAGAAGUCCAUUCUGACCCAGAAAAAAAAAAUCAAAACAACAGGAAGUCUCAUUGCUGCAAAAUAUGCAGAAAGAUUUUUGCCAAAAAGAGUGGUCUUACGUGCCAUAUGAGGUUGCACACAGGUGAGAAACCAUACAAAUGUACUGAAUGCGAACUCAAAUUUACUCACAAAAGUACACUGUUACACCACACGAGGCUCCACACAGGUGAAAAGCCAUAUGUAUGUGGAAUAUGUGAUAAAAGGUUUCGGCAACGCUCAAAUUAUACACUACAUGGAAAAAUACAUGCAAAAGAAAAACCGUAUAAAUGCAUCGACUGUGGUAAACAGUUUGCUCAAAGAGUUCAUCUUACAACACAUGUCCGCCUUCACACAGGAGAAAAACCUUAUACUUGUGAUGAGUGUGAUCAGAAGUUCUUUCAAAAAUCCCACCUGACCCGUCACACUAAAAAUCACAAGAAGAGGCAAACUAAAUACUGUGAGGAUGUCAGCAGGGAAGCAGGUCCUUCAAGAAAUGCGAAACCAAGACAAAUAUAUGGAAGUGAUAAACAAUCAGAAGAGCAUUUUGUGACAGAUAAUAAUCGAUGUUCACAUUUGGAAAGGCAAAAUAGGUUUACUCUGAAGUGUGAACAUUGCAAAAAAAUAUUCAUCAAGAAGUCACACCUACGAAAUCACAUGUUCAUCCAUACAGGUGAAAAACCUUUCAGUUGCACCUACUGUGGCAAGAAGUUUGCAGAGAAAAGUAGCGUAACACGCCAUCAGAAAAUACACAAGGAAAAAAAGGAGUGUAGUGAACUUUCUCAACAUAGUUCAGGGCAUCCCAUCGCCACGUUUUCUACUCAAGAGCCAGGGCGAAUUGCACCUCAUUUGAUGAUAGGCGAAUCGAAAAUUAUAUCCCUCAAUUGUGCAGAUGCAAAUUUCAAAUUAAAAACAAAGUGCACAAUGAAUAUGCUUUCACCAAUGCAAGAAGAUAGAUACACACCUGAUGCACCAUGUUUUUCUAAGGUUGGGGCUACAGAAUAUAGAUUGAAAAGUGAUGGAAGUAAAUUACAUCCAACCAAAAUAGACACUAAUACAAAUAAUCAGACAACAAAUUACUUAACCGCUGACACAGAAAGUACAAAAUCAAAACCAGUUUUAGAUAAACUUAUUCAUAGAGAUCCCAUGGUUGGGUGCCACAGUCACUGCGACAACCAUUCUGAAUUACUAACCAGUGUGAGCAAAUUAAAGGUUUCAUUGGAUUAUGACAUCAACAAAUGUCCAUCGGACUUAUUCACAAUCAACUGUAAUGAGUCAUCAACAAAACAAGUGAAAGAGGAAAUCCUAAUGGCGGAAGAGACAUUCAAGGAAGAAAUAGAUUUCUUUCAAGAAGAUUAGAAUGUGUAAAUCACGCCUGUUUCGUCACAUUUGUAAGAAAACAUAAAAGUAUCAAAUAACGCCAAAAUCCUAUGUCCAUAUUAACAAUAUCUAUCGCCACAGCAAGAUUUUUUUUUUUUUUUGAUAGUGGCUGCCAAUUCGAAACUAUGUAUGAUAAUAUCAACACCAUUAUUGAGAACACAAUGUUGGGAAGUCUUGUAACUAGGCUCAAGAGAGGGCUGUUCAGAUACCGUAGGCGUAGGGCCGGAUAAGAAAAUCUAUCCUAUCGGGGUGCCGUAUUACUUUGGACGUUGGCCAUCAUAGAACGUCAGGUUUCUCUAUUCGUUGUUCUGAAUAGCUGCACUAGUGUUACUUUCUCCCAGUUAUCUAAUCUGUCUGUCAGUGCAUUUCAGGCGUUGUCCUCCUCUUCAAACUUUCCUCUUAGACAGAUAUUUUCUAUCUGUUCCCUCAUUGCAUAACCUACGAAUUGUAAGUCUUUUUCUAAUUACUUCCAUUAAUGUUCGUUUUGUUCCCAUUCUUACUUGCAUUAAUCCUCGUUUUGCUCCCAUACUUUUAUAAUUCAUUUUUGUUCCUCUCAUUCCGCGAUAUUUUAAGGGUUCUCUUCCAAAGCCACAUUUCUGUUGUUUCUAGGUUCUUUUGCAUCUGUUCAUUAUUGAUAACUUAAUGUUGGUGACCAAGUGUUUUACAUUAUUGAUUUUUUUUAAUAUUCUUUGAUAUUUCUUUCCCAUCCCAUGUUAUCAGGCUACCUAGAUAGUUGAACUGGUCAACCUCUCUCUCUCUCUCUCUCUCUUUGUGUGUGUGUGUGUGUGUGUUUUAAUACCAUAGCCUCAGUUUUCUUUCUGUUUACUGUUAGUCCCUUCAUUUUACUUGCUUCUGUUAGUGUUACCACUAGUUCUUGGAGCAAAUUUUUAAACUCUGCUAACAGUACGGUGUCUUUAGCAUGCCUGAUGUUAUUGCUGUUUCUUCCAGCUACUGACACACGCUUUGGGUGACUGAUAUUCCUCAUAAUUAUUUCACUAUACAGAUUAUAUAAAUCGGGUGACAUCACACACCCUUGCCUUACUCCUCUUUCUUUUUUCUGCUAAUCUGAUGUUUCAGCUUUUACUUUCACUGUUUCUUCUUGUUUCCAAUAUAGAUUUCCUAUUAAUCUUACAUAUCUACCAUCUACACCAAUUCUAAGAAGCUAAUCUAUUAGUUCGUUAUGUCAGACAGCCAAAUGUUUUUUUUUCGAACAUUACAUCUUUUUGUACUUCAAUCAUCUUUAUUGAUCUUCCAAUCACAGAAAUGGCUUUUCUUGUACCUUUACCUCUGCUAAAUCGAAAUCAACACAGUGUUCUACUGCAAUUUCAGGUCUAUUUAUUUUUUAUUGGUAAUAACUCUUAAAAAACUUUUUUGGUCAAAUGGUUCAUGAUACUGAUGGUUCGAUGUUCAUUACAUUCUAAUGUCCCUUGGAUCCUGGUUAUGGUUAUGAAUACAUAUUUGCUCUGUUAACUUUCGGGUACUGUAAAUCUUGUUGUUUAUCUCUGUCAUGAUUUGAUACCAGAUUAAUUUUGUACCUCCAGCAUUCCUUCUCCACUUUUUGGUUUGUCUUUUUAUGCUACUUCUAUUGCUUCUUUCAUGUCUAGUUCCUCAUCCUUUUGUACGUCUCCAGGUUCUUCUCUUUUAUCUGCAAAUAAUUUAUAUUGAUUAUUGUGUAAUCUCUUUGGUUCCUGGGUCUAUCCAAGACUUUUACAGUUGCAUAUUCUCCCUGGAUAGCGUUUAAAGCGUGUGUUCAUGAUGAUUUGCAUGUUUACGAAACACCAUGCUAUCCAUUUCGUGCCCUUUCAUUUCCUUUACCUAGUCCACACUGCGCAACAACGUCUUCAAAACUUCAUUCGCCCAACUUUCCGUUUAAAUCAUCCAAAACGAGAAAUGCCUCCUCUUUGCACUGUCGUUUUUCUUCAGUUAUUUCUCUAUUGAAUUUGUCUAUUUCUUCGUACUGCCAUAUGUUGGAGCAUAUAUCUGUAUUAUGCUGAUGUUAAAUAUUCUUCCUGUUAAUUUAACUAAUAUGACUUUAUCAGAUAUUGCCCCGUAGCCUAUGACGCAUCUGGACACGGUGUUUGACAAAGGAAUCCCCACUCCCCUUUUAGCCUCCUCCUGAGUAUAUUAACUUAAUUCCUUUUGUUUCUACACAUCCUGCUCCCGGCCAUCAUAUUUCUCCGAGGCUAAGCAUGUCAGUUUCAUUCUCUUUCUUUCUCUUUCAUUGUGUGCUAGUUUCCCCGCUUCGUAUAACCCUAACGUUCCAUGUGAAGAUCCGUUGUUUGUUUGCCUUAUUAUUAUUCAGAACCCUUACACAAUGAAGAAAAGAAAAAUCCUACAUCAUUUGUUUUUUAUUUUCCAGUAAGCAGGCAGGUAAAAUAAUAAUUAUUAUUAUCAUAAUAAAAUACUACUACUACUACUACUGCGAUAAUAAUAAUAAAAAAAAUUAUACUAAUAAUGUUUUACUUGGAAUGGAAGUAAAACAUUAUUAGUAAAUGCAACUAAACUACAUUUCAUUAGCUAAUUAUUGCAGUUGAUCACAUGUUUCAUUCAGCUAAUCAAUGCAACUGGCCAUGAUAAAAAUCUACUUAUGUAAAAUAUCGGAAGUACGUAAUUAUGCAAAUAAAUGAAUGUCACCCGUUUAUCUUCUGUGUAUACCAAAGGGCCAGU